UCCCUGUGUGUGUGUGUGUGUGUGUGUGUGUGUGUGUGUGUGUGUGUGUGUGUGUGUGUGUGUGUUCUUCCCUCGCAGCAUAAGAAUAGCACCUCUGAGCCCAUAACUAUCAGAGUAAAGGGAGCAGAAGAAGACAAAGUUCAUUGACUCGUGUUCACUAUCUCCUACUUUAGCUGUCGUGUUCUAUAAAUUACCAGAACGAGUGAAGGAAUUAAGGGUGCACACUCAGGUACAUAACCAACAGAGACUAAAGACAAAUUGACUGUACUUGUGCGUUUGAUAGACAGUUUUGAUGUUGCCAAAAUGAUAAAGUAAGCCAUCGACGCUCCACACCCACACCUCACUUUGCUCUCUGUAGACGUGCGAGAACCGCGGUGUGUGGGUGUGUGGAAGGAUCAUAGAUAUUGAGAUGAUUGAAAAGAGAAAGGCGGUGACUUGGUGAAGAGGUGAAGGAUGGAAAAAGAACAAUUCCCUGUGUUGGUGGAGACGGAGAAGUGUGAGCGGACUAUUAGAGUGAGGCUGGAUGUUCCUGACGGUGACUCCGAAAGUGAUGACGACGAAGAGAGCCAGGAUGAAGGCAUCGUGAUUACAUUCAACAGCCUGGGUCGAGGAACAGUGCGGCGGCGGGCAUCACAAAGGAGCCGCAGACAGCCCUCUACCACCACAGCCACACUUGUGCACACCAGUCGUCGCGGCUCAGACACUUACUUGGAGGUGCUGCCAGAUCUCACUCAGGGUGUGGACGAGGAGGAGACAUGGGAGAAGCUGCAGCAGAUCCGUGCCCAUGCGGUGCCCAUCGAGGAGAAGCGCAAGCUCAAGCAACAGUUGCAGUCAGCACCAACACUCAGGACUCGAGGCCUUGCUGCCUUCAAACUCUCCAGACGCAAAUUUUUAUCGCAGACUAAGAGCAGGCUGCGAGAAAUGAUAUCCAAGAUUGAGUUGUGGCACUGGAGUCUCCGUUAUGUGGAAGGAAACUUUGGCACUGGCCUUGUCGCCUUCUUUACCUUUAUCAAAUGGCUCCUGUACCUGAAUCUGUUCACCUGUGUGCUCCUCGGUGUCUUCAUCCUGGUGCCACAGAUCUUUUUAGUCCAUUCCAAGGACAGCUGCAUUGUGGACACCUGGUCUAACUCCAUCUCUGACAACGAGACAUUCCUCUAUGAAAAUGACACUAACUGCUGUACAAAGUACUACGAUGAAAUCAAGAGCAAUUUACCCGAGCGUGACAACUAUUACCUGAUUCAGUUAGUGCAGGAUGGAGUACAAGGUACGGGACCUUUGGAACUGUCCUACCUCUUCUAUGGCUACUACCCAAGACAUAUCCUGGUGUUGGAGGUUGCACCAGAGUGGAAGUACAACCUGCCACUGGCCUACCUGUUGGUACUGGUGGUGACAUUAAUCCUCAGUCUGGUGCUGAUGGUGAGGGCUGCUGCCAGGGGCCUGCGGGAGAGCCUUAGGUCCUCAGAGGGGCAGUUCUACCAGUAUUGUAACUUAAUAUUUGGAGGCUGGGACUAUUGCAUUGAAAACAACAAAGCUUCCUCCAUCAAGAAGAAAGCCAUAUACAAUGAGCUGUGCAACCAUCUUGAGACAGAGAGAUACAAUGAGGAGAAGGAGCAGAGGACCAAGAAGGAGAGAUGUCGCCUGUACAUGGUGAGGCUACUGGUCAACCUGGUUGUGAUUGCCCUCCUCUUUGUGUCCUUUGUGGCAAUCUACAAAAGUACCAUCUUUGCCUUUGACCACCUUAAAGAUGCCAAAGAUUCUAAGGAGAGUGAGCAGGACAAGCUGAUGAUCCUCCUGUUUGAGUACCUGCCCUCAGGUGUCAUUGUCACCCUCAACAUCAUCAUCCCCUACCUUCUGAGAGCACUGGUGAAGCUUGAACAUUACACACCCAACUCCAUCCUGGUGCUGACGCUGGUCCGCACCGUCUCUCUGCGUCUCGCUUCCCUGGUUGUCCUCCUCAUCUCCAUCUACCAGACCAUUCCUUCAUGUCCCGACUCCAAGCCUUCUGUGUGUAUAGAUGAGUGCUCCCAGCCCUGGUGUUGGGAGACUUAUGUGGGCCAGCAGCUGUACAAACUCACCAUCCUGGACCUGAUCAUCAUGUUCCUCACCACCUUCUUGGUCAACUUUCCUCGCAAAUGUAUAGGCCACAAGCUGAUGCGAGGCAGCCAGAUUGGGGCAGCCAUUGGCGACAUUGAGUUUGCAAUCCCCAAGCAUGUGUUGGACAUAGUGUAUGGACAGACCCUGUGCUGGCUGGGCAUGUUCUACUCCCCAAUGCUUCCUGCUGUCACCUGCAUCAAGCUAGUGUUGGUGUUCUACAUCAAGUACUUUGACUGUAAGGUGAAUAGCAGUCAGUCUUCCCAGCUGUACAGAACCUCCCGUUCCAAUGCCCUCUUCAUCUCCAUCCUCCUGGUGUCCUUUAUUGUAACAAUCAUCCCAGUUGGCUACUCCAUUGCUGAAAUCAAGCCUUCUCUGGCCUGUGGUCCCUUCAGAGGACUGGAUACCAUCUGGAGCGAGAUGCUUGCAGUCAUACAAGAGUCUCCUGAUUGGCUGAAGGCAGUGCUGCUCUUCCUAGGAACAGCAGGAUUUGCUGUACCAGCCAUCAUCUUCCUCAUCUUGGCCGGCUACUACUACUAUGCCGUGGCUGCAGCAAACAAGCACAUGGUGUCCCUGUUGAAGAACCAGCUGGUGCUUGAGGGGCACGACAAACAGUUUCUUCUGUCACGUCUCAACCACAUGAUCAAGAUGUCUGCUGAGGAGGAAGGAGAAAACACCUCUGCCAGAUCCUCUCGGCCAGUAGAGGACGAGACUGGCCACAGCAACGACCAGACUCUAGAAGCCUAAGGCAUAUCUAUGGCUGGAAUCAGUUCUGGUAGAAAGUAACUGGUGGGUGAAGGGUACAGCAAGAGGCAGGACUUCUUGCAGCUUAGAAAUGGAAGCAUAGUGAGUGUAACACCAAGACAGGGUGGCGUUGUUGCUGAGGUGAGACCUCAGUACUAGUGAUGUGCCAGGUGAGAAGGUGUGGUGUCAUCACAUUGGUCCUGGGGUGCCCUGAGUGCUUGCCUGUGUCCCAUGUGGUGUGUGUGUGUGUGUGUGUGUGUGUGUGUGUGUGUGUGUGUGUGUGUGUGUGUGUGUGUGUGUGUGUGUGUGUGAUGCAGGGUUGUUCAUGUUACCUUAGAUGAAGCUUUUAGGUCACCCACCGAGGCACAAUUUGUUGUAAAUUUGUGAAUUUCAACUUUGUUAUUAGUAAUGGAAAAAAUGUAUUACUUUCCUCUCCUUUUAUUUUUUUAUUAUUUUUUUUCCUCCAAGGAUUGGCUACUUGAUCUUACUUUGAAUGAUUUUUGCAACAUAAAACAGUGUACCUUGCAUGAACAGUCAUAAUCAUCUCUCAUCAUAGACUAAAACUUAAUAUUAAAUUAAUACUCUUAUAGGUAUUUGAAAUACAUAUUCAAAUGCUAAAUCUGUACAUAUAAAUUGUAUGAUAUUUUUAGUUAUUUAUUACAUCGUGAGGUGAAGGACACCACUGUAGGUGUAUGGUAUACAUGAGCUUUCUCCUCCAGGAUCCAGCCAAAGUUCAUAGAAUCUCAUUUGACACUUCAAAUAGUACAAUAUGUUUAGCUUUACCAGUCAUCUCCUCCUGUACCUCAUAGUUUGAUCAUUACUUCACAGGUUUCCAUUACAUGUACAGAAUGUUGGAAUGCACACUUAAACUUUAUUUUUCACUUACCCUACAUACAUCAUUCACUUUAGCUUUGCAAAAGGAAUGUAGAGUCUAGACUGAAGACAAGUGAAUGUGAGUAAGCAUAGUUUUUAAGGUUAUUGUUUACAAACGGUAUGAUCACCAAAGUAAUUUUAUUAGAAUGAAACAAAAAGGGUCAACACUCUUGACAAGAUAAUAAUGCUGCUCCAGUGUGGGCCAACUGUUAUGACAUUAUCGAUUGUUAUUUAUAUAUAAAUAUAUAUAUAUAUAUAAAUAUAUAUUUAGCAUUUAUUUGUAGCAUGAUGUGAGAGGGGUUGAUUAACUGCCAUCAGUCACAUAGUGGUAAGCCCCAUUUUGAAAGGACACUAGAGCUAUGUAUUUUUUAUGGUGUUGACAAAAGAAAGCAAUGGUGUGAGGAGUGUAGCUGUAGUGGACUUUACCAAGAGAGAAAAGAUUGAGUGAAAGGGUGAAACCCUGAAGCCCGGCACUCAGGCACUCAGUGGUGGCAGAGGAAAGAAAAGGUUGAUACACACCACACACCCUUAAAGGUUUGCAUAUGUAAACUGACACAGCUUUUGCCUUUCAACAGUAAAGAUAAACAUGACUCAAACUAAUGCCUUACCCAAGUAUAAUAUGCUAGCUGAUACAUACUAUGUGUAAAUUUCAUGUUUCAUCAUGUACCUUUGAAUCAUAAAUAUUGCACGAUGGGGUCCGUAGGUGACAAGUGUGUGCACAAGCUCACUAGCACACACACACACACACACACACACACACACACACACACACACACACACACACACACACACACACACACACACACACACACACACACACACACACACACACACACACACACACUCUUUCAUGUCUGUAGUGCUUCUCAGACACAUGCUCAGUAAAUUGUUUGUUUUUAAUGUAAUUAUGGACAUGUUAUGUAUGACAUUUUUUAGAAUCAAUCCAUUACAGAUUUUGCUGCUUUUUUCUUUUUAUUUAAAACAAUCAACAUUAAUCUAACUUUCAUGUAAAAUUUUCCUCACUUGUUUGCAAUCCAUUUAAGUUUUUUUUUUACCUACAUUACAUAUAUUGUUCUCCAACAUUAUAUAGUGAUAGCCUCAUAUCCCCACACCAGUGCAGAGAACACCUAAACACACAAAAACACCAGACAGAUAGAAGUGUUCAGUGUGAGAUUCUGCAGGAAAACGUCAAAAUGUUUAACUUUUAUAGUUGAUGUUGAUAAAUGUUCCCAACAGUGUUACCGUCAGACCCACUUAACAGACCACAACUGCGGUGCCUCAUCUUUCCUCUACUCUAGGUGACUGCCGUUCCUUCUUGCUGCCAUGACUCUGUGCCAAUACCAUUUCCACUUGAUCCUCUCAGAGCUGUCCCACCUUAGUAUAAUUUUUUUUGUAUCACACAGGGUAGGACAAUAAUUCUCACAUACACUGUAAUUCAUUGCUCUUGGUGAUGCUUUGGUUUUUAUAAUAUAGUGUGUAGCCAAUCUGAGUGGGCCAUUAUCAAGUGGGACAAUAAUCAAGCUCACUUUUACAUAUACAAAUCAUACUUUUUAGAUUUAUUUAUGUUCUUAAGUAUUUUUUAAAGUAGAUGAGUAUAUUUGAAGUAUCUAUACCCAAAGGAGUUCAUGUAACUGGUGAUAGUGCUCAGAUUUGUCUUUCAUUCCAUGUGUUCACCAUUACCACCUCUGCAGAUCAUUAUCCUGUAGCCAGACAGACAGACAGAGAGAGAGAGAGAGAGAGAGAGAAAGAGAAAGUGGGAGGUUCUUAGAGGAUGCUAAUCCAAUAUUAUACAUAGGGACAUGUUCUCUUGUUCUGUUACUUAAAGCAUCAAGCUUUAUGUGUGGCUUCAGGUUGCAGGUUCGUGUUUUCUUUUAUUAGUAAAAUGUAUUGAUUGUUGAAGGUUUAGUUUGUGGCAGUGGUGUGUGCUGACGUGUGAAUGGUGAUGGUGUAGGCAGUUAUCAGUCCUUGGUCGUAAGAAUGAUGCUCCAGUCAUUACUUCAUAAGAUAUUUCCAGCUUUACUGGUCAGUUAUGUUCUUCCACUGUAUUGCAGCUGUUAGUGAAAUUUGUUGCUCAAGACAAUAAGAGACACUAAAUGUGAUGAACUGAUCAAAACAGGCUGUGAAAUAAGUUGUUCUUGCAUUGCAGUUUUGUUGAGUUUGUGUCUCUUGCCCUCUUGUGUCAGCCUCAUUGUGUUUGCAGAUAUCAUUAGACAUGACACUAAUAUCCAUAGCAUUUUGUAUUGAGAACAAUGUACAGAGUAUAACAUACAAUAUGAAGCUGCAAUACGGGAGUGGUAAGCACAUUGAUUACGUACUUGGGCUGCAUGUUCUUCAUCUUCAUGGGUGGUGGUGGUGGUGGUGGUGGUGAUGUUGUUGUUAGACAGUUGGCUUUACUCCCACAUAAUCAACAGUCAUUACAAAUAAAAUCUAACUGGAUAAUAAUGCCUGAAAUAAUAAUAAACAAUAACUGAAAUCCACAACUGAGACAGGAAGCAAUGCAUGUAGGAGUGGUGUCAACUGUCCUUGAGCAAUGUUAUCCAUAUUGUGUGAACUUCUCAGAGAAUUCCUUUCUUUAUUCUUAGUGCUUCUGUCACAGUAUUAUUUAUGUGUGUGUACAUGAUGUAAAGAUUUAUUUAAUGUUCUUAAUAGAGUCAAAAGUUUUUCUUGAGAAAUGUUCACCAGCACAAAAGUCUUAAAUAAUUAUUUGUAAGUGUAUGCAGUGCACCAUGUCUUUCCCUCAGUGAAGAGAAUCAUUAGGUGUUUGCAAAUAGUAGUUGUCUUUGAGAAUCUGUCUCUCUGUUCCAUCACAGCAGGAUGUCAGCUAGGAUGAGGUGCAAUAUAGUAGCAUAUACCACACAUAUUUAUGUUACAUUAUCAUCUUUCCUCUCAUAUUUUAUUUUUUCUUUCUGUCUGUAUUGUGUGCUCCUAUGAUGUGUCUUGAGAAUAUCGGCACAUUCAUGACAUCCCUUCUAUAAAUGUUACAUAGCAAGAUUUGGUUGUGAUAGUUGUGAAUAAACUCUUUACUGUAACGGAAGAGCUUGGCAUACAUCAGAUGAUUUCAGGAAUAACUAGAACUACCACUCGGUUGUAAAAAUUGUAAAAAUAACAUGAAAUAAGAGGAUUUUGCUCUAGGAGGUCUCGGUCUGCUAUUAUGUAUUCAUUGUAAAUGUAUAUUUUGUAUUUUAUUGUUCAGAAUUCAUCCUAAAUGAGAAGGUUAUAUUCUGUGCUUUUGUAGUUUUUAAUAUGUACUAUUGCUUAGCAUCUUGAAAUCAAUAUAAAGGUUUUUGAUA